AAAAUUGUGUGUUACUAAAAGCUCAUGAUUUUAACUUUUAUAAAAACCCCUAUGUAAAAUGGCUACAUGGCAGGAAAUAUGCGGGGAGUGAUAGCUCGGUGGUUUUAGAUAAGAAUAAGACAGUUAAAGGGGGGGGGAUGAGUGGGCAGACAGGAAACAAGGGCUGCUUGUAAAUAUGAACAUUUUUUCCAUUGUGAUGAUUAUGAGCCACAAACUUCCUUUUGGAGGUGAAUUUUAAAUGACUAAUUCAACCUAAACCAGCUCUCUUCAGCGAUGCAAGAUUUUUUUUUUUUGUGUGCAUCUGUGUUUGAGCACCGAGAAAACUGAGAAAAACAAAUCAAACAAGGCCACCAGAUCUAGUCUGUAGCUUUCUGGCUAUUGUUUUGCUUUCUGAUACCUGGUGAUGGAAAACCAAAGCAGAAUCAGUGACCUGCUCGUGCAUGCCCUUGACAACCUUCCUCAGGAAGACUUCAAAAGAUUUAAAGACAAACUAUCGCAUUCUGGCUUUAAGGGAAAAGGUACCAUCCCCCGAGGUCGGCUGGAGAAUGCUGACAGGAUAGAUACUAAGAACAUCCUGAUGGCAUUCUAUGGUGGAGAUGCUGCAGUUGAUGUAACCAUAGAAAUUUUAGUUCAGAUCAAUGUCAGAGAGUCUGCUGCUAACCUCAGAAAAGACAGAGAGAAAGUUUUUUCAAAGGAAAAGGAGAAAAAAGCAAAAGUUGAAGAAACAAGAGGGAACGACAGACAAUGUGGUCUGGAACCAUGUGCAGAGAUACAUCAUACCAAGGAGCAGGGAGAAGAUCAUCCCUCUCUGAAAGGCUCUGAUUACCGGAAGAAGUAUAGAGAACAUAUACAAGGAGAAUACCAAAUAAUAGAAGACAGGAAUUCUCGCCUGGGUGAACGUGUGAGUCUAGACAAAAGAUAUACAAAACUGCUUAUUGUAAAGGAACAUCAGGGACGAGAGGAGAAAGAACAUGAAAUAAUCACCAAAGGAAGGAGAGAUGCAGAGUUGAUGGCUCAACAAACCAAUUUCACUAAGAUUAGUGCUUUAUUUGAUUCUGGUAGAAAUCAACAAAGCCCAAGAACUGUUGUGCUGCAGGGAGCAGCUGGAAUUGGGAAAACAACAACAUCAAGAAAGAUUAUGUUGGACUGGGCAGCUGGAAAACUCUAUCAGAAAAAGUUUGAUUAUGUUUUCUAUAUAAAUUGCAGAAAAAUAAAUCUUGUUACUGCACAGAAAAGUGUUGCUGAUUUGGUUUUAGACAAUUGUCCUAAUGGAAAAGGACCAAUUAAAGAAAUCUUUGAGAAGCCAGAAAAACUCCUGUUCAUAAUAGAUGGUUUUGAUGAAUUGAACUCCUUGCUAGAUAUUGAUGAAGUUAGUCUGUGCAGAGACUCAUUUGAGAAGAAGCCAGUGGAAACCAUCCUGUGCAGUUUACUGAGAAAGAAAGUUCUUCAAAAAUCCUUCUUAUUGAUCACUACAAGACCAACUGCUCUGGAGAAACUAAAGCAGAAUUUGAAAUUUCCAUGUUAUGCAGAGAUAAUGGGAUUUUCUGGAGAAGAGAGGAAAGAAUAUUUUCAUAAAUUCUUUUGUGAUGAAAAGAAAGCAACACAAGCCUUUAAUAUUGUCAAAGAAAAUGAAAUGCUCUUCACCAUGUGCUUUGUCCCCAUUGUGUGUUGGAUCAUCUGCACGGCUAUGAAGCAACAGAUGGAAAAAAGGGAAGAUCUUGCACAAACUUCAAAAACAACCACCUCAGUAUAUUUGCUCUUUCUGUCCACUCUGCUAACUGAUCAUUUCACUGACUCAAUACAUAUGCAAACAUAUAAAACUACCCUGUGGAAGCUUUGCUCAUUGGCUUCAGAUGGAAUUUUAGAACGGAAAAUACUGUUUGAAGAAGGUGAUCUGAAGAAGCACAAUUUAUCCUUGUCUAACAUUCAGUCUCUCUUUCUGGGUAAAAGUAUUUUUCAAAAAGAUACAGAAUGUGAGAGUGUCUACAGCUUCAUUCACUUGAGUUUCCAAGAGUUUUUUGCAGCUCUGUUCUAUGUGCUAGAGAAAGAUGAAGAGACAAAGAAAAAAUCAUUGACUUCUAAGAAAAAUGUGAACCACUUGCUAAAAACGUAUGGGAAAUCUAAAAAUAAUUAUUUGAUGUUAACAGUACGUUUCUUGUUUGGUUUCUUAAAUAAAAAGAGACUAAAUGAUAUGGAGAAAAAGUUACAUUGUAAAACAUCAUCUGCAAUAAAGCUGGAUUUAUUGAAGUGGUUUGAAGCAGAAGCUAAAAACAUCUCCUCUCUGCCCUAUAAGACCUAUGAGGAAGUGUGUGACCAGCUUGAGUUGUUUCACUGUUUGUAUGAGAAUCAGGAAGAAGAGUUUGGGAAACGCGCCAUGGCUAAUUUCCAAGAAAUUAGACUGGAACACAUCAGGCUUACAACAAUGGAUGAAAUUGCUCUUUCAUUCUGUGUAAAGAACUGUUGUAGUAAGCAGUCACUUUACCUAUUUAAAUGUAUGCUUGGGAUUGGAGAACGAGAAGAAGGAUGGAUAGCAAAGCUACGGAAAUGGUUAUUUCCUCUGAACCCAGGGAUUAAAGAUCUGAGAACUUCAACUGCAGACUCAUUGUGUCAAGGACUGAAGGAUCCAAACUGUAAAUUAAAAACAAUAGUGUUGCGGCAGUGCAGUCUCACAGCUGCUUGCUGUGUGGAUCUCUCUGCUGCCCUCACUACAAACCAGUCCCUGACUGAACUGGAGCUGAGUGGGAAUAAACUGGGAGAUUCAGGAAUUAAACUUCUGUGUCAAGGACUGAAACAUCCCAGCUGUAAACUGCAGAAAUUAGUGGUUUGGGAUUGCCAGCUGACUGAUGCUUGCUGUGGAGAUCUCUCCUCUCUGCUCAGCACAAACCAGUCCCUGAGAGAGUUGAACCUGAGAAGUAAUAACCUGAGUUAUUCAGGAGUGAAGCUUCUGUGUGAAGGACUGAAACAUCCAAACUGCAAGUUACAGAAGCUCGAGUAAGUGACUUCUGGUUUCUGUAUCAAAAGAAUCCAU